AUGCUUCAACUCUUCAGCGUCAUCGUGACAGAAGUAGCUCCGACAUGGGACAUGGCUGAAUUACGGGGUCGGCCUGCUGGGCCUUCCGUUUACAGCAAUCCUGGCCUGGCCCAUGGCGACGCCCAGUGGUCUCUGCAUGUGCUUACCGCAGCUGAAGACGGAUGGCUGUGCAAGGCGUCACUCGCCGCCCUGGAACAAGAUGGCAACGCGGAGUACGGCGCGCGGUACUCGUUUUCGGAGCUCUUUUCAUGUACACCGGCAGAGGAUCCUGUGCACUGGGGGUUCAAAUCGUGGGACGACUUCUUCACGCGCCAGUUUCGGGACAUUGACAAGGUGCGACCCGUGGGCCACCGCAUCGUGAGCGCCUGCGAGGCUAGACCGUAUGCGCUGCAGGCAAAUGUCAAAGCCUACGACAGCUUCUGGCUCAAGGGCAACCGCUACUCCGUCAUGGAGAUGCUGGACCACCACGAGCUUGCCGAGUCCUUCAUCGGCGGCACCGUUUUUCAGAGCUUCCUCACUCUGACGUCGUAUCACCGCUGGUGCGCCCCUGUAUCCGGCCACGUUAUCGAGGUCCGAGUCGUCGAUGGGACGUACUUCUCCGAGGCCACUUUUGCCGGCUUCUCAAGCCCCAUCGGCCCCGACCCGUCCGGGCCGGAUCGAUCGCAGGUGUACGUUACUGAAGUCGCGACGCGGGCGCUAAUUUUCAUCCGCGCGCCGCCGCCGAUUGGCAUCGUGUGUGCCAUGUUCGUCGGCUUGUCGGAUGUGUCCACCUGCGACAUUGCCCAUCGAUUCCGCGACGGCUUGCCCAAGCCUGUCUAUAAGGGGGAGGAGAUUGGAACCUUUCGGCACGGCGGAUCGAGCUACUGCCUAUUGUUCCGCAAGGGUCUGAGGCUCUCUUGGGUUCCAGGUGCAAUGCCCAGAGAGAAUGCUCGCAAUGUACUUGUUCGAAGCGAGUUGGCGUAUGGCUACACCGAAGAGUAA